AGUGUGCAGCUGCUGUGAUACCCACAAGCCUAGAGAUGCAACGGCAACACAACUUUUGGGAUCCAAGUUCUGUGUGAUAGCUUUUUGUAUCUGCUACCAACUUGUGAUGUGGACUACUUCUAUAUUUUGUAGAUUUCAGUAGAAACUCUCACCUAUAAAUGUGUAUGAAAACAGCUUUACUGCCAUCCAACAUCAGGGAAAUGAAAGACUUACAAAACCUCUUAAGUAUUAACAACCCAAAGCACUAUUAUAUAGGAAUGGAUGACUUACCAGAAUUGCAUGAAAUCUUUCAAGGAGAGGUUUGUGCCCGAAAAGAAGCUAAAAAAGCUAUUUUCAAGCACACAAAGUCUGCACACACGGCUGCUGCUGGACAGGUUGCCCUGUGCCAAGGUUGCAAAUGUCACUGACUAUGGGGCCUUUAUUAAAAUACCAGGCAGCCGAAAGCAAGGUCUUGUUCACAGGACACACAUGGCAUCUACCCGUGUUGAAGUUCCUUCUGAAGUAGUGGAUGUUGGAGAGAAAGUGUGGGUAAAAGUCAUUGGCCGUGAGAUAAAAGAUGGGAAGGAAAAAAUCUCCUUAUCCAUGAAAGUUGUGAACCAAGGAACUGGAAAAGAUUUAGACGCCAAUAAUGUGAUGCUUGAGCAAGAUGAGAGAAAAAGACGGGAGUUCAGGGACUACAGCAAGCAGAAGAUCACACUGGAGGCAGUGCUGAACACUGUGUGUAAGAAGUGCGGCUGUAAAGGACACUUUGCCCAAGACUGCUUCUUGCAGCCUGGAGGAACGAAAUAUAGUUUAGUACCAGAAGAUGAUGAAAAUGAUGAUGAUGAGGGUGAAAACAAGAAAAUUGACAAGCAUGCUAAGAAAAAAAAGAAGGAAAAGAAGAGAAAAAUGCAUAAGAAAGACAGAGAAGAUUCUUCAGGAUCAGAGAGCUCAGCAUGCAGUAGUUCUAGAAGUUCAGACUCUGAGCCCUCCAGAAAGAAGAGACGCCAUACGGAGAAGAGCAAAAAGACCUCAAAGAAAAAGAAAAAAAAGCAUAAGAAGCACAAACAAAAGGACUGAGUAGAAGGGUCACUGUUUACACUGGUGUAGUCCUGUUGUGCUGGGACUGUUUUAUAUCCUCUCGGAGUCAUCAGGAAGCAAUUUCCAAUGCAGCUGCUUUGUGUAGUUUUAUGUGAAAUUUAAGCCGUCCUGUUCCCAUAAUCUGGUCCCCUGGGUAUAUAAAGGAUGCAUCAAAUAAAUAAAUAACCUCUGUGUCAUUUGUCAUUCACAGAAAACUGCCACCAUAUACAUUAACCAUUAUUAACCCCUUAAAUGGAAACCGUCAUCUUGAUUAUGCCACCCUCAGUAAGUGCAGUCUAUAAUAAUGACAGACACACUACAGUCACUUAUGGUGAAAUGUAAAGCAGUUCAGAAGAUGGCUUGCACCAAAUCCCCCACAUAAGUGUCAUGAUUAUUCUUUGUCUGCCUCUGGGUCAACCCACCCUAAGGUGAGUGAUAGACUUCUACCUAGGAGUAAGUUCACACAUUUGAAAAUUUAUAGCUGUAUUUGUCUUCCAUGCACAUUUUCCAUUUGGUCUUGUUGCCAGUUUUGGACAAAAAUGCGGCUGUAAAAUAAAAUACACCGAUGUGUGAA